AUGGCUUCGGAGUUGGUGCGGCAACUGGGCAGUGACGAUGUGGAUGAGAUUGUGUCUGCAUGCAAGGCCCUGUCGUCCAUGAACAUUGAGUGCUCCGCCGUGGCCAAACUUUUGUCACACAAGGAGCCACGAGUGCAGGUGGCGGCCGCUGAGGCGCUGCGCAGCAUGGAAGGCGCAGAGGCCGCCAGCUCGGGGUUGGCACAGCUCCUGGGCGGUGACUGCUAUGUGCGCGUGGCGGCGGCGAAGACCUUAAAGUCUUUGGGCGCCAAGGCGCAGAGCCAGGCAGCUGCCAUUGGAAAGCUUCUAAGAGACUCCUCUCCGGGCGUGGUGGCUGCUGCAGCCUAUGUCCUUACCGGCAUGGGCCCGGCCGCCGCGGACUACGUCUCAGCCCUAGAGGCGGCUUUGGCGAACGACAAGGAAGACAUCUCCACCCACAUGUUGGCCGCUGCCGGAGUGAUGCCCAAGACCCCAGAGGUCCUCCGAAAGCCCGCCUGUGCCGCGGCCCACGCCCUCGGCGUCCUGGGAGGCCCCAGCUGUGUGGGAAAGCUCUUGGAGCUUCUGAACUCCAAAGACCCUGAAGUGAAGUCCUGUGCCAUCCAUGCCCUCACACAGAUCGGGGCGGAGACUGAUCGCCUGGAAUCGCAAUUUGUUGACCUAUUGAAGGAUCCCAAUCCUUCAGUGGUGUCAGCCGCUUGCCGUGCCUUGGGGACCAUGAACUCCACCUCGUCCUCGUCUACCGCGGCAGCAGUCGCAGAACUGCUGAGAGAUCCAAGCCCCAUGGUGAAGGCCAGUGCCGUGGACAGCAUCGCUGCCAUGGGCGACGAAGCGGAGGCCUUUCUGGACCCUUUAUGCAAACUCUUCAACGACAAGUCUUCCCAGGUGCGCUGUGCUGCGGUCAAGGCGGUGGCAGGCUGCGGGGAGCUUGGGCAGAUGUACGCGUCAGAGGUUUGCCGCUUGACGGGCAACGCGGACGCCAAGACCCGAGCGGCGGCGAUCCACGCGCUGACAGAGAUGGGUGAGCGGGGUGCAUGUUUUGACGAUGAGGUGGAGAUGUGCCUCAGCGAUCCAGACCCCUUCGUGGCCUCAGCUGCACAGAAGGCAUUGCAACACUUCCAGGGUGUGAAGAUGGCCGCGGCCGCUGCUUUGCAGGACCUGUCGAAGCCGCUGAAGCCACAGAUUCUUGGUGCAAGAAGUAGUGACCUCACAGAGUCAGUGAAAAUGCUCUCGGAGGUGAAGGACCUCCCAAGCGUGCAGGAGAUGCUAAGCACUGCGCACACGAUCUUAGGCUAUGACAUUUUGAAGCUGUGCCUGGAGGGCCCAGAAGAGACUUUGGAGCAGACCAAGCACUGUCAGCCAGCCAUGUACAUUGGCGGCUUGGCAGCCUUCGAGCUGCUCAAGAAGGAGAACCCCAAAGUGGCCGAGCAGUUUCAAGCAGUGGCGGGUCUGUCCUUGGGGGAGUACACGGCACUGACCGUGGCGGGCGUCAUGGACUUCGAGACCGGGCUGCGCUUGGUGAAGUUCCGGGGCGAAGCCAUGCAGGAAGCUGCCGAGGCAUCGCCGCAGAAGAUGAUUUCAGUCGCUGGACUCAGCCAGCAGGUUCUGGAGCAGCUUUGCAGUGAGUGCAGGUCCGGCCCGGACGACGUUUGCCAGGUCGCCAACUUCCUGUUCCCCAACGGCUUCUCCUGCGCUGGGAGCGAAAGCGCCUGUGAGAAAUUGCUCAAGAAGGCCGGGGAUACCCAAGGCUGCUUACAAGCAAAGGCCUUGAAGACCUCGGGCGCUUUCCAUACCAAGUGCAUGGCACCUGCCAGAAGUAAACUGCUCACUGCACUGAAGGAUGCCGAGUCCAAGAUGAAACCUCCCAACUGCGAGGUUUACGUCAACCUCACCGGGCAGAAGAUUCCGCCAGGCACCUCGGUGCCACGGAUCAUUGAGCUCUUAGCGGAUCAGCUCACCAAUUGCGUUCUAUGGGAGCCAGCGAUGAAGGCCAUGGUGAACGAUGGCAUCAGCGAGUUCUAUGAGUGUGGUCCCAUGAAGCAGCUGAAGGCCAUGAUGAAACGGAUCGACGGGGACGCCUGGAAGAAGACUCAAAACAUCCAUGUUUGA